AUGGCGAUAUGGCCCUUUGGCCGUAAAAACAAGCGCCACACCAUUCAAGUGAGCGCCGAAGAAGCAGAUGUCCUGCAGACAUCGUUGGAACGUGAAGCACCUCCCGCCGAGCCCACGUUGGCCCGCAAACCCUCCCGCCGCCGAUCGAUCCGUCAAGCUCAUCGUCUCUCGCGCAACGGCGAUGGAUCCGAGAGUCUUCGCGGUUCGGCACGUUUAUCGGUGACUCGCCCCAUCUCGUUCCUGGACCAGCGGACCUCCGAACCAGAGGAUCGUGCCCGACCCGAUGGUCCUCCCCGACCACUCUCCCGAACCGGUUCGUUGCUAAGGAAGAACCCCCAAAAUGGAUAUACCGGACCCAACAAGCUGCGCAAGAGUAAACGCAGGACCGACGAGGCCAUCCGAGAACGAGAAAUCAAAAUGUUAUCCUCCACUCCCAUCGAUAUCCCGCAUCGCUCCGCUGGCGUGGCCGGUGGUGACUAUGUGUUGGAACACCGGCGCCGCAGAGCGGCCGGCCGACGCGCCGACCGCUACCUGUCAGAUAUCAGCCUUUCGAUUCGUGACUCAGCCGCAUCUUCCAUGUCAGACGCCUCCGAUCCCUAUACUUACAAGGUCAACGCGUUCGCUGCGUUGACCCCUCGUCCCGUUGUGCGAUAUGUGGAGGCCCCCCGACCGACGACGGUGAGAAGCAACACUGAACCCACUGGCCCAGGUCGACAAGAUAAGAAUAAAAUGCAAGCGAUGAACAUGUCGCAGGAGGACCUCUACUACUCCAGACGGCGGGUCAAUGAGUUGGCCGAUUCGCUAGAUGCCAGUACAUUGCGCGAGUUGCUCGAUCGUGAUCGCCGUCGUCGCGAGAAGAAGCAGAUCGACGACACAGAGAAGCUGCGCCGUAAGCUACAAGAACGAGCGGAUGCGCAAGAGACCGAGGGCGAGAAGGACCAAGUGGAAGCCCAAGAACAAUCCCAACCACAACCCAUCGAAACACAGGAGCCUCAAUCACAAGUCGAGGAGCCACCAGUCGAAACCCCGGAGGAGGUAUACAAGGAGCAUGUCGUGGAGACUAUACCCGAAGAAACCACUGGUACAUCCCCCGAAGAGCAAACCGACUCUGGUUUGCAUGGUGAACCCAAGGGUACCGAUGCUGUCGAAGUAAGCGAAUCUCGACGCGAAUCCCUCGAAAGCGCUCAUGUCAUUCGACCUGUCGAAGAACGCUCCACUCGUGAGCCGAAGCUGGUCCCCCGGCCCAGCUUUGCUCCUUCACACGAGAUGGGAAUGUCCCGAACCACACUCUCGCCUUCCCACUCCUCCCUGCGUCAUGGUGUCAACAGUAGCCAUUCGCAAAACUUUGGUAUUGGAUCUGCCUCUGAUAUCUCUGAUCGUCGGCCAUCUGAGACCAGCGGCCACCGCAACGGUAGUAACACGAUUACAUCGUUGUUCCGACGCGGUUCUUCUCGCCUCAAGCGUCGUUACCGCGAACGCUUCCAAGAAUCCAGCCCCGAUGUCUCGAACGCGUCCCAUGAAUCGUUCUAUAAGAUCCAGACCCAAUCCUCACCACCUCAAAACUCCGCCGUGAUUAUCCCUCCCCGUUCCUUUGUCCAACCCACUGGAAUUGUGAAGCGUUCACAAUCUAAAUUCACGGAGCACUUUGGCGAUGAUGAUGACACAGCUCUAUCGCCCUCCGACUCCCGACUUCAGUCUCCUGAUAUUCCCGAGCAAGUGCCCGAAUCUUCAUUAGAGACUGAGAAUGAGGGCACCUUCUUGCACGGCCCGACACCUACCCCCGGCAUGGAUAUUAUCAACCCAAACAAACGCCGCCACCAAUCCUGGAACGAGAGCAUCGACGCCGAAUCCGACAAUGUCCCACUCUCCCAGUCACUCGCUUCAAUUGAUUCUGAGGGCUCUUGGAUGUCUGGACAAUUCUUCCGCCGCAUGUCGCAGAAGAAGCCCAGCAGCCCAGUUCGAACUCACAUGAACUCAUUCGGCGCCGUCCCAGCGGACGGUUCUGCCGAUGUUCACGACGACGCGCGAGACUCGGUUGACUCCCGCAGCAUCAUGAGCAAUGUGAUGGGCGAACCCGAGAUGGAGACUGAUACAGCUGCUGCCGGUGCCAAAAAACCCUCUGAGAUGUGGCACCAUGAAGUUGGACGACGUCCGAUGAUUGUCAACCCAGCCAAUCGCCCCAAGUCCAACCAAGGCAUGCUGCUCAAGAGCAUUCCUUCGCUCUCGCCCAUCUCUGCCGAGGACGGCCACAGCUCCGAGGAAGAGACCGCUCCGCCCGUUGGCGUGCAACGUAUCGUUAGCAUGCAUGGCGAGAUCGGCCACAUUGAGCAAGAGUGA